AUGGCGCUUGUCGAAUGGCUCAAAAUUGAGUUUCCCAACCUCUCCACGACCCAAAUCAACUCCAUCCUCGCCGCCCACCCCAAUAGCAGCCCAACUAACCGCGCCGGCCCCUUCUUUGAAAUGAACGGUCUUUCCGGCGCCAACGCGCUGAACAUGUCUGGAGGUGCCAACGGCCAACAGCAGCGCGGCUACAACAUCUACGCCGAAGCUACUUUUGUCUGCCCAGCCUACUCAUUGGCGGGCUCGGACCAAGGAAGUAGGGCAAGGCAGGCAGAUGAAAGAGGCAGCCAAAUGCAGGCAGGUUACGGCAGGAAGAUGAAGGAGGCUGCCGGCUUCGGAUCCAAGAGCUGUGGUUGGUUCGUCGCUCUCAACGCUACCCCCGUUUCGCAGCCUGCAGCUCUCUCAAGCCAAUCGACAAGAGCUGCCCCACAUCCUGGUGCCUGA